CAGGUCUCGGGUUUUGGCGCGAAAUUCACUCAUCCGCUAAGUACAGUUUUGGCGUUGUAGCUAAUCCAACAGUGAUCACAAAGCAUUUAGUGGACGUAAAAAAUCGGCAUGAACAGUUUUUACCACAAUUUACCGAAAAUUGAGUUGCAUGCCCACCUUUCUGGGAGUAUUAGUUCGGCGUUUUUGAAGCGUGAAUCAAUUACCAACCGUGAUGUUCAGAACAUUAAUCCAAGUUUUGAUUUUGAAACAUGGAACGGGGAUAUGAAUAGGUGUUUUGAUGCUUUCCGAACAAUCCACAAAUUAAUUGAAACACCAGAGAUUUUGGAGAGAGCUACAACUUCCGUUAUUGAAGAAUUUCAUCAAGAAAACGUCAUUCUUUUGGAAUUGAGGACUACGUUACGACCAAUUCCAACUCAUCGUUCUUAUUUGAAUGCGGUAAUCAGAGGAAUACAGAAUGCACCGAGUGUACUUGAUAAUAAAAUAUAUGUGACAUUAAUACUAUCUAUAGACAGGUCUAAAAGUCUUGAUGAAGCGUUACUCACUUUAGAGUUAGCAAAGGAAUACUAUUCUAAUGGAUUGGUAUCAGGCAUUGAUCUCAGCGGGAAUCCACUAGUAGGAAAUUUAUGUGAUUUCGUUUCAGUUCUUAAUACAGCUCGUUCGUACGGUUUAAAAACAACAGUACAUAUAGCUGAAACAGCUGAUCAAAGUGAAGAUUGGUGUAAAUUUCUUAGACUUCAUUUGCCAGAUCGACUGGGGCACGGAAUAUUUUUGACCAAUUCAGAUGCGAAUUCUGUUUUAGCAAGAGAAAUUGUUUUGAAAUCUCAAAUACCUUUAGAAUUAUGCUUGACAUCAAAUGUUAAGUCGAAAGCUAUUGAAAACUAUGAAUCUCAUCAUCUAAACUAUUGGAUGGACAAGAAACAUCCUAUUUGCAUUUGUACGGAUGAUAAAGGCCUAUUUAAUUGUACGCUAUCAGGCGAAUUUCAACUGUCUGUUGAACGUUGUUGUUUGAAUAAUGAACAAUUAUUUCAAAUCUUAAUGGACUCAGUGAAUAUGGCGUUUUGCACUGAAAACGUGAAAAAACAAUUGUCUCAUAAAAUCAGAGAAUAUUUCAAUAGUUUUAUAUUUGAUAAUUUAAACAAAAAAUAA